AUGCCCAGGGCGUUCCUCGUCACCAGUCGUCGGUACAAUGGCACCAACGAAUUCGAAGAAGUAUCAAAAAUUUCAGAAUUCAGCCCAGAGCACGGGGUAAGGUUGGCCGAGUACAGCUGCGCCAGCGGUAGCCACCGCCACCACCAUCAUCAUCAUCAUUAUCACCAGCAGGCGACUUCGGACGGGGCGAGCGAGUGCGCGAGCGAGGAAAGCUCGAGCGAGUGCCCGGAGGAGCUGUACAACCUGACGAAGCUCGCCGAGGUGAGCUUGGCCGCGGCAGCCGGUACCCUGGUCCACCUGCAGGACAACCACCAGCCGAGUUACGAGCCCGAACGCUCGAGAAUGUUCUUCGAGAGGAUCGAGAGCGAGCGCGAGAGCCUCAUCGAGCUCAAGACGCGGAAAGUCAUCGAGCGUGACCACCAUGCCCCCUUGCUCGUCUCCGACGACAAAUGCCAGCCCCACGAGUUUCGGGACACGGUGCUACCGCCCACGCCACCGGCCAGCGAGCCAGAUCCCGUGGGCCCUCGACCAUCGGCGCAACAACACACGAGCGAGGAGCACCACGAGUGCCCCGAUUGCGGCAAGCACUACUCAACCUCGUCCAAUUUGGCUCGGCAUCGCCAGACCCACCGAUCGCUCGGCGACAAGAAGGCUCGCCGGUGCCCCCACUGCGACAAGGUCUACGUGAGCAUACCCGCGUUCAGCAUGCACGUGCGCACCCACAACCAGGGCUGCAAGUGCCACUACUGCGGCAAAUGCUUCUCCCGGCCCUGGCUGCUCCAGGGACACAUAAGGACCCACACGGGGGAAAAGCCGUUCAAGUGCACGAUAUGCAACAAGGCCUUCGCCGACAAGUCGAACUUGCGGGCCCACGUGCAAACCCACUCCAACACGAAGCCGCACGUAUGCGCCCGCUGCGGCAAGGCCUUCGCCCUCAAGUCGUACCUGUACAAGCACGAGGAGUCCUCGUGCAUGAGAUCGCACGCCCACCAGAAGCCCGAGACCACCACCACUGGCUCGGCCGAACCGACCCAGCCGGUGGGGUCGCCGACCAGCGUCAUCGUGCCCCCGCGGGGUUUGCGCUCUGGCAUCUCGAACGUCAUUCAGCACACGAGAUCGACGCGGGUGGAGCGGGACGAGGAUGGGCCCGCUCGUUCGUCCCAGGGUGGUAAGGACCCGUUGUCGAGGCUUAUGGUGGCGAGGACGUCGGUGAUAUCGCCGAAUCCGGAGCACGUGCCGAGGUUGGCCGAGAAGAGGGCGCUGCCCUUCGACUUUGACGAUCCCGUGAGGUUGUCCGCGUUUACGAGGCCCCGGCCUGCCACGACUUUCAACGUGGCGAUCGCUUCCUGAUGCGAUGGUGGUGUGGGUCACGGCGUUACCGCGAGGGUUCUAUGAAAAACGGCGUUACUUGUAUUAGUCGAGGUUUUCCACUUUUUUUUUUUUUUUUACCUAUUUUUUAUGAAAUUUUUUUUAUCGUACCACCCCUCCCGAGAUGACAAUCACCGCACGCGUUGCAAUACUAUACGGAUUUGUCAUGUCUUCCUUAUAGGGACCAUUUAGGUGAUACACUUUUACCAUUUAAGCAGGAAAUGAUAGCACCUUGAUUUAAAACAAUGCGAGAUGGCCAUUUUUUUUUUUUUCUGAUUUUAUCAUACUUUCGUACUUUUGCUAUUUGAAGCUUCGGUAACUAUAAUAUUAUCAAUGUAGAUAUUAGACGUUUGAUAUUAUUAUUAUUAUUAUUAUUAUCAAUAUUUUUAUUAUUAUUAUUACUACUACUCUUGUUACUAUUUAGUACUGCAUCGAAAAUGGCACAGGUAGCAGGCAACGAUACUUAUUGUUCGAGAAAUUGAUGGUCUUUGGCUACCACGUGCAUAUAUAGUAUACACGUGGUAAUCAAAGACUAUUAAUUUCUAUAAGACUAUGUAAUGACUUACGUAGAACAGACUUGAAUACUUUUUUAGUUCGAAUUUUCUUUGCAAAAUCUUUGUUGAAUCUCAAUGAAAUCAGCGAGCAAUUGUUACAUAAAAUAGUGUUUUUAUACGUCAUCCAAUAAUCCUGAUCGAAGGUGCAUAAAGCAAUAAAAGUGUUGCGUGUUAGUAAAGAAAAUCAUUUAAACAAACAAGAUCAUCAUUGACUCCUUUGUGCAUUGCCAUGUAUUUUUGCCAUAACGACUACUUUUUGUCAGAAAAUUUUAAUAAUUAACACUUUUUAUGAACUUGACAGUUUUAAAACGGACUUUUUUUUAUGCUAGUGGCUACAGAGUCGACUAUCUUAAUUAUUUAAAUGUUUACUUAAUUUCUCAAGUGAUUGCACGAAAAUUAACAAAAACGAUAUAAAUUAUAUUUGUCCUAGUCAGUGCAAAAUCAAUGAUUGAGUUGUAAAACUUAACUACAAAUAUUACAAAAGUAUAAACAAGUUAUAACAAACCAUAGACAUCAGGUAAGGGGUUUAAAAUGUUAACGUAAAAUGCCAAAGAGGAGUGUAUUGAAUCAUGCUAAACAAA